AUGGUGCGAUUAGCCAUAGCAUUAGUACCCGUGCUGGUGGCAGUGGUUUGUGCCUUGCCAAGGCCCCAGCCAAACACUCCAGAAAAUAUUGAAAGGCUUCGCAAUCUUCAGCCAAAUGACCUGAAGGAGGAACUCAGUGGUCAAUUCGAAGGAGACAUCGUCCUCACCGAGGAGCAGGAGACUGCUCUUUCGUCGCUGACGCGAAACGGGCUUCUGAAUGAGGUCUAUCGUUGGCCCGACAAGGUGAUUCCGUAUGUCAUCGCCGAGGACCACUUUACACCGGAUCACGUCGCUCAGAUUCUUCGCGGUUUGAGGCUACUGGAAACGCAGACUUGUCUGGUGUUCAAGCCACGAACCGACGAGGUAGAUUACAUUCAUGUCGUUGGAGACCAAGGGUCCGGCUGUUGGUCCUAUGUCGGCUACAGGGGAUGGGGAGAACAGCAACUGCAUCUGGAUCCAGACCCGCUCGAAACGGGUUGUUUCCGGAUUGGUACGGUUGUGCACGAGUUUAUUCACGCCAUCGGGUUCUAUCACAUGCAGAGUGCUGCUGAUCGAGAUGAAUAUGUUGAUAUUAUAUUGGAGAAUAUAACAGAAGGGAAAGAGCACAACUUCAAUGCUUACACGGAAAGCACGGUAACGAGUUUCAACGUGCGAUAUGACUACGGUAGUGUAAUGCAUUACAGUGCAUAUUCGUUCAGCAAAAAUGGAUUACCAACGAUUGUGCCAAAGGAUCCUACUGCUACAAUUGGACAGAGACUAGGCAUGAGCGAACGAGAUAUUUCAAAGAUCAAUUUGAUGUAUCAGUGCCUGAGAAAGAAUUAGUUCAUAUUAUCUGAAAUAAAUGCAUUUCCA